CUCGCAGUUACUCUUUGCGCGUCGAGCCAGAACGACGGCUUGGUCAUCCCCACGCUGAACUGAUCGUGCGCCCCAUUCUAGAACGCCGUGGUGUGUCUGGAGCAGAAGUCCCAAGAACGUCGCCAUAGUUGUCGUCACGCUCCGUUUACUGUGAUCGCUGCAGCGGUUGCUGGCGUGUGCGCUUGGAGCAUUGCAUUCUGGUGAAACAAAGGGUCGUGAUACCCGCGCCAAGGCUAGUGAACUGUCGUCGGUGGAAAGGGCCCACGAUCGUUUGCAGGAUGCCGGAACCGGACGGUGUCAUCCACCAGCUGUACAUGGAGCGCGAGCUGCCGGCCAAAGUGGCCGAAGUGGCGCGAUCACAGGGUGAAGAUCCGGACCGAACGAGUCUGAUGAUCGAGGAGCUGCGCGAGAUGAUUUACGAGAAAGGUGACUGUGUUCCGCACCGCGUGGACGAUGACUAUCUGGUCAAGUUUCUUCGGGCACGCUUUUGGAAUGUGCAGCACGCGUACAACCUGAUGACCCGGUAUUACGCAUUCCGGGCGAGCAAUCCGGAGUUCUACGAGAACGUGAACCCGAUGGCGUUGCGAUCGCUGGGAGACGACGAUAUCAUGUCCAUCUCACCGUACCGGGACCAGGAGGGCCGUCGGGUGAUCUUCUUCAAGUUUGGCAACUGGCGUCCGUCGAAGAUUCCGAUCGUGGAUCUGUUCCGCGCUACAAUGCUCCUGUUGGAGGUGGGUUCACUCGAACCGCAGUCGCAGGUACUCGGUGGUGUUGGCAUUAUGGAUUUGGAGGGCCUCACACUGAACCACGCCUGGCAUCUAACGCCUACCGUGGCACAGAAGUUGCUCGCCCUACUGGCAACCAGCAUGCCACAGCGUACCAGCCAGAUUCACAUCGUCAACCAGGGGUGGGUGUUUGAUACGGCUUUUCAGAUCUUUAAACCACUGCUCACGGAUAAGAUGCGCCAACGGUUGUUCUUCCACGGGUCGGAUCGAGCUUCCCUGCACAAACAUAUCGAUCCCGAGGCACUGCCGGUGCGGUACGGUGGCACCAAGCCAGAGUAUCCUUACACUUACUGGCUCGAGCAUUUGAGCCAGAAUGAGAAGGUGAUCCAGGAGCUGCAACAGCUCGGUUACGUUUCCGAACCGUUGGAAGAGUGAAUCUCGGCCAGCUACUAGCUGCUAGUUCAAGCUGCGUGAUAACGGCACGAUUAGGGGAAAAGUUGGUUAAUGUAGGUUAGUGUGAUUUACAAUUUACGAAAAAUAUCCUUAAGCUAUACUUUUUAUGGUAUAAAUUGAACAGCUGGAACUGCGACCAGCCUUAAAUGGAAGCAGCCUUAAAAGACGCCCGAGAGAAGUCAUGCGAUGUUCGUUGAUGUGAUUGUAUGCAGAAUGAGAAACAGAAGGCAAAUAAAGAAAAAAAAAUUGUUCAAAUAAAAUAAACUUACAAAUAAAUUGACAAUCAUGCU